AUGGGACGCAACGAUGAUGGUUAUCGAUUCGACUAUACCUACUAUCCUGAAAUCGGUGGCUCCAUAAAGUUUCACUUUGUCCCCGAUACCUGGCCCAAUGCGUCUUACACAUGUGAGAUUGAAGAACAACGAAAGAAUACUCAGAAAGAAGUUCACUCUAUCUUCUCUAAAGGGGACUUUGCGUCAAUAGAUGGGGUACCAUUACUAAGAAUACCAAUAAAAUGGCUUGAAGGUGAGCCUAAUAAUGCUGUUAGUACCUAUAGUCUUUCUGCAGAUGUUAGAUGCACUAACCGUCUCCCUUAUGUCUGCUUUUUGGAACACGAAAAGGUUGUUUCUAAGAACAAAUGUGGUACUGUCGACAAUGGAUAUACCUUCAACGAGAAAACCAAUAGUUGUUACAAGUUCCACAGUACAGGCCAAAGUUGGAACACCGCUUUUAAGAUGUGCUAUGCAGAAGGUGCUCACCUGGUGACCAUAGACAGUCAGGAAGAAAAUGACGUCAUCAGGCAAUUGUUACAGGCGGGAAUACAAUAUAACCCGGCGGAUUCUAGAGACUACGGAUAUUAUAAAAACCAGUCGUUUAUUGGUAUUUAUAAUUGGAAGGAUAUGGGCUGGCACAGUUUGUAUGGUAACACGACCCUACCAAAUUAUACACCAUGUAAAGUGUUCCUGGAUUCCCUGGGCGAUGGAGACAGUUGUGCCAGUGUUAACUUAAUAACAUCAAAAUUUAGCAACACUCCUUGUAAUUACAAACUACCGUACAUUUGUGAAAAAGCUCCAGAUAGCUUAUAUGAUGCAGUUGAAAUGGCUAUACCUGGCGAACUUGACUUCGCAGAUGGUAACGAAGAUUGUCUGGUUAUCACACAAGAAGGGUUCUACGCUGACGUCAACUGCUCCCAUCCUUACAUGUGUUAUAAGAAGCAUGAUAGAAAUGUACAGAAGAAUAACUGUGGCACUGUUGAUCCAGAUAAAGAAACAUGUUUUUAA